CUGCAACGUUGCGACAACAAUCUUUCCAGCGUCUCUAUUCAAAUCUGGAGCACUGUAAACAACAAAUUUCGAGUUUUAAGUAGCUGCUACUAGGGGAACAGCAUCUAAUUCCAGCGUGCCUCUAAUGUUGGCAGAUGCCUUCGAUUUUCCGGAACCCGGUACGUGCGGUUUAGAUGCCUCGGAUCGGAUCUACGGCGGAACCAUCACCAAACCAGACAGUUAUCCGUGGACGGCCAUCUUGAUUUAUUGGAGGAGAUUCAGCCGAAGUGAUUUGUUCCAAUGCGGGGGCACGUUGAUAUCCGAUCAAUACGUACUAACCGCGGCACAUUGCCUCGAUGAUCCAUUGAUUUAUCCUUUGAAUCGUGUUCGUCUGGGAGAUUGGGAUCUGCAGAGCGAGGAGGACUGUGAUGACUUAGGAAACUGCAAUGAUCCUCCUUUGGACGUUGGAAUCGAGAGUUUUGUCCAACAUGAGAAGUAUAAUAGAAAAACCAUGUCCAACGAUAUAGGGCUGAUCAAAUUGAAGGAAAAGGUCAUCUUUACGGAGUUUGUGCUGCCAAUCUGUCUGCCAAUUGCCGAAAGUGUCAAGAAUCAGAACACUGACAGUAUGAACUUUAUCGCGGUGGGCUGGGGAGUGACUGAGCAUGGCAAUGGAACCAAAGCAUUCGCCAGUCGGUACAAGCUGCACGUUGAGCUUCCCGGUACAAAUUUGACCUACUGCAGUAAGGUGUACAAAGAGGAUGAUAUUGCCGAAGCCCAAAUGUGCGCCGGAGCCGAAAGGGGCAAGGACACCUGCGUGGGAGAUUCCGGCGGUGGUUUGUUUGCUCAGGUGGACGGAAUCUACUACGAGUAUGGGAUAAUAAGCUUCGGGAACGGUUGCGGAGUGAAAGGAGUGCCCGGGAUAAACACCAGAGUGACGAGCUAUUUGAACUGGAUUGAGGGUCAUAUGUCGGAUUAAUUUAGCAUCCACGGCCACGCCAGAAACUUGUCCAGCCCCGCGAAUGGGGUCCAGUACCCACUUUGGUAAACACUGCCGUAGGCUAUGACUAC